AUAUGUCACUGCAGUGCAGUGACAUCUGUCACUUUAUCUUCAUUGUUGAAAACGCUCGCUGGUCGUCUGCUGUGUCGUGAAUUUUUAUAGUUUAUUUUUGUUUACCCGACAAUUCUAAUUUAUUAUUUAAAGCGGAUUUUAAAGGUGUGUGGUGAAAAUGGAGAAGGGUGGUAAUCCUCCUCCGUAUGCUUGGAGUAACAACAUGCAGGCGCCGCCGGCCGCGCCGCCGAGCUACUCGCAGGCCGUGGGCGGCGUGGGCCCCUCCAGCCCCUACACCCCGCAGUACCCACCAUCUGCGGGACCGCAAAUAGUGACCACAGUAGUACCUGUGGGUUCACACCCAACGCACAUGAUCUGCCCGAGUUGCCAUGCGGAGAUCAACACGGCCACGCAGACCAAGCCUGGUCUCAUUGCUUACAUCUCCGGUGCCAUCAUCUUCAUAUUGGGGGGUAUAUGCGGCUGCUGCCUGAUCCCGUGCUGCAUCGACAGCUGCAUGGACGUGCACCACAAGUGCCCCAUCUGCGCCGCAUACCUCGGCCGCUACCGCCGAUGAAUCAUCACAAAACGUUAUCAAAAAUUCUUACAUUAUUCACUAAUACUUGGUAAGGAUAAAUGUUUCGUUCACAAUUUACAAUCAAUGAACCAGUGGGCCCACUCCGAAAGAUAGUAAGUCACAGCCAUAAUUGGAUGUUUAAUACAACGAUAACUUCUGCGUCUUGUAAAGACACCCAUCGUAAAUAUUAAAUCCAUUUUACAACAUAAAAGUACCCAAAUGAGACUUACCUACAAGAAAAUCUUUAAUUAUAUAGUUGGAGUAUGGGCCAGUUCUCAACAUCACAAUAUUGUUUUUAUUUACAUACAUACACACGGUAAACUAGAUUUUGUGUUUAGUUCUAUUAUGUGGUUAUUGUGUGUUUGUUUGUAUGACACGUACAAGCAGCUAAUAAUUUAAUAACACUUACUACAAUAUUACAUACUGUUUGUUCAUGUAAGCGUAUUAUUUUAAGAAUAAAUAUUGUUUUAUUGUAAUUAAUUAUAUUAUACACACGGUGAACUAGGUUUUGUGUUUAGUUCUAUAGUGUGGGUUUCGUUCAAUGAUUCUUUCUGUGGGCUGCUUAUAAUUUAAUAACACCAAAAUCUAUACAUACUGUUUGAUAAUAAUUAUGUACCCGUAUUUUUUUAAGAAUACCAUAAUCUAGCAACAGUUGCAAAUACGCUAAAAAAUAUACUUAUAGCUUUUUCUUUUAAGACAACUUUAAUAGUACAAAUCAUUAAUUACUCAGUAGGAAGGUACGCGGUUUCCAGAAUAUUGGUGUUAGGCUAUUAUUUAAAUGAGUAGGUAUACUUCUUAAUUACAGUCGUCGAAAUAUAAUAGUCCCGUUUGGACAGCUCGAAAAUGUAUAGGAUGACAGCUGGUGUCAAAUCUAAAUCAUAAAAAAUCUAUACAAUAAGUUACUUUUGGUGCUUCAAAAGUUCUUUUUUCUUUCAGCCGUUAAAAAUAAGCCAGAUUAUGUGUCUUUUUAUGUAUUUCAUCAAGUAAAUCAAGAGUAAAUAGCAAAUUUGUGUAGCUGUCCAAACGGGCCUAUUAUAUAUUAGGACGACUGUAAUGGAAAAUCAUCACUAUUCAUCACACAUGGCACAAAUUAUGCACACCACAAAUAUAUCUUAUUAGAUUACUAUUUUCAAUUACCUCUGUUGUUAUUAUUAUUUAUCGAUAAUGGUUAGUAAGAUAUAUGAUAUAAUUAGAUUGGUUCCGAAGACUCAAAAUUAAAUUUAGAUCGAAAAUUUCAUAGAUUUAUAAAUAAGACUUUACAUUAUGCUGACUGAUGCUCUAAAUUUCUCAAUUUGUCUCUCCGGAAUCCUAACAACUUGGCAUCUAGUAUGAAAACAUCAAUUAACCUGUAUUUAAGCAUAUGGAAAUAUAUAUAGGUGACUUUUAUACAUUUUUAUAUAUAAAACAAUAUAUCUAUCUACAUAUUUAUACAUUCGAUAAAAUAUAUAAUUUUUAUAAAUACUAUCUCUACAUCAUAUUGCAAAAACACUUCCUGCGUCUGUCUGUAUGUGCUUAGAUCUUUAAAACUAUACACAACAGAUUGUUAUGUGUUUCUUUUUAAAUGGAGAGGUUGAUUUUAAAAAGUUAGUAAGUAUACCUUAUAAAAUGGCGAUUAUCUACCGUCUUCCAUUUAUUAUGUUUAUGUCCUAUUACUUUUUUUGGAAUAAGAUCUGAUUUAGUAGAAUACUAUUCGAACAUACCCUUUUUAUAAAAUUCACAGAUCAAAGAGUUUUGGGUCCAGAAAUCCAUUACAUUAAAAAAAAAACAUUUACGAUUAAUUCUAUUUAUCUUGGCCUUAGACACUUCCUUCCUCUCUUUCCUUCCUUCAAAGUCUUCCCGAAAUAAUUAAAAAGUAUAAUUUUGGUUACUAGGUAGUGUUACUUGUUUUUCGAUUAUGAUUGAAUGUUUUCUUCCAGCAUCUUGAAAAUAUUCCAGACCUCAACAUUUUUAUAGGAUCUUUAUAUAUCAUGAAAACAUCAAAAUAAUCAUAUGAAAUCUCUUGACCAGAUAGAGAAACAUAAUUAUAAAUGUUAGAUAUUUAUUUUUAAGUAAAAGGUAAUCACACAAAUGAAUAUUAACACACAAAUAAAAUAGGUAAAGUUAUUUAUUUAAGAAGUAGUAAUGAUUAUUAAAUGUUGCGCAUUGGUCUUUGUUAAUGUGUCUCAAGUUUGUAAGUUGCACUUUGUAUUAUGUUUAUGUACAAUCAAAACCGCCCUUUCAGUAUGUACCAUAUGAAUGAAUAUUUUGUAAUUUUCUUGAACAAGUUAUAUACUUAUCGCAUUUCAUGUCAGAUGUUAUUGUGUUUUGGUCUUCGGUAGCUAACGUUGAAAUGUAACGUCCAUGAAUUAUUUAUUUAUUAAGUAUUAAGUUAUUAUAAUAGUCAAGUUUUUUAUUUACGCAUUUUAUAUCUAACAACUACUUACUGGAUCUGUUAUAAAAAUACCUAUUGUAUUUGCAGAAUAAACUGAUUAAGGUUAA